AUGGCAUUCGCCAAAUCACUUAAGUCAGACCCUCUCGGCAUCGUGGAUACUCGACUGACGAUGACGGACUCACCUACGGAUCGCUUCUUUUCACCUCUCGUUGCACCAUUCACCAGGUUUGAUGUAUCUGACGAAAGACAGCCAGGCGACCAGACCGAAGCAAGCCCAAAGCAAGCUCACCGAAUCCUCGAACUUCGCGAGUCAUUCCGUGGGUUCGGUUCCAGCCGAAAGUGUCCUCGACUUGAGUUGGAUGUCGCUGUGGAUAAGUACCACACUCUUGAUGGUCUCGCUGAGCCAUUGAAUCCCCAAAACACACCCGCAUCAAAUAGCGAACGAGGGAGCGCGGAGGAAUCCACUGAAUCCCUUCAUUGCUAUAAAAUGGAGAACCUACGGACGAGUCUUGCCCCUCAGACGGAGGAAUUCAAUUUCGAUUGCUUCCAAGAUUCGCCAGAGGCAAGCUUUGUUCAUCAAGACGAUGAAAGCGAAUCCCCCAAACCCUCAAAGUUGCGAUGCCUUUCCGUUGACCGCCGGCAGUGGAUCAAACCUCCUGCUGCGGCCCUGUCGAAUCAUCAGCCAGGCGUAAAUGCCGGUACCUUCAACAAACAUGGCGAUCCAGAUUCACUGCUGCGAUGCGUUCGGUUUUCUCCCCCGGCCUCUUUGUCUCCGCCUUCUCGUGCGAUACGCCGUCCCCAACCUUCGAUUGAAAGAAGGCAAGAUUAUGUUGCUUUGCAUCGACAGAGGAAACAAUACCAGAAAUGGAAGGUCACUGGUCACGCGAACUCUCGAAAAAGCUCACCAAGCAAAAUGCCUACAAAAAGAACGCAGUUUUUGGCAACCCGAAUCCCAAAGAACCAUGAUCUGCGUGGCUCGUCCCUUUCCAGCUUGCCAUAUCGUGAAACACGCCAAACAUCGUUCCUCGCUCGUGUUGGCUUGAGUAGUGGUGCUCGAGAAGUGGGAGCCGGCAAUGUGGGCGACACUCCUGUUGCGGAUAACUCGAACAUUGCGAAUAACACCGAGCAGAACCUCCCUGCAUUUCUUGCUGUUUCGUUUUCACUCUACAGAACACGACCUGCGCCUAGUUCAUCCACUGAGAAAGCACCAAAGUACGCUUUCAGAUUUCGAAUGACUCGAACUGACCUCCCUCAACAACCUUCUCCGCAUUUCCCUCUCGAAUUCGAACACAUCACUUGCCAUCCAACCAUUGAUGACUUGCUACUCCACACUUGCUUCAUCAUUCCUGCACUAGUUGUACUGCUACCUCUCAGUGUGAUCUUCGCUGCAACACACCCAUUGGCCAACACCCGGGCCGGCGCUGUAAUGCUCUACCUUGCUAGAGCUCUACUGUAUCUACUGAUGAACAUCACCAUUAUUGUGUUGUCCAAAUGCGGAGUGUCUUGCGGCUGUCAGUGGAAUCCGGACACCGCUCAUUCGGAUUGA